GGAGCUACAGCAUUAACUGUGAUAUUAAAAUUUCAUGAAAUUUGUUAUUGAGUUAUAACUAUAACCCCUUCGUAGUUAUAGCCCGUUAUAGCCAAGAUAUUACGUUUUAUUUUCAUGUUCAUGUAAUAAAUUAUAGGCAUGGACUUUAAUCUUGAAGAUCUAGAAACACCUAUAAACGUGUUAAAUAGAUAAUCUUUGUAUAACAUUUUAUAUGUUAUAUCUCGUCUGUUAUACCGAUUAGGAAUAGUAAAUUUUUCACAGAGAAGUUUUUUAUAAAACUGGAAUUUUUUAAAAUGUCUUCAGUUAAGAAUGGCUCCACACAAUUGUAAAGGGUGCUUACAAUCUAUUCUUGCUAACAAAAUGUCCCAAGAACCUCAAGCAGGUAAAUCUAAUCAAUCCAUGGAGCAGGACAUUAAUGGAGAGGCAAAUGGGUUCAACAAUAGUGAUGUUUAUAAUCCAGCAAUGCCUUGGUUUGGUAUGGAUAUAGGAGGUACUCUUUCUAAGCUGGUGUAUUUCGAACCGAAAGAUAUGAUGCAAGGUGAAUCUGAAUCAGAGAUUGAAAUUUUAAAAAGUAUUAGAAAGUACCUAACAAAGAAUUCAUCUUAUGGUAAAACAGGACAUAGAGAUACACAUCUACAAAUGGAUAAUGUAGUACUAAGAGGAAUUGUGGGAACACUUCAUUUCAUACGAUUUCCAACAUCAAAAAUGAAAAAUUUUCUAGUACUGGCUAAUCAAAAAGGUAUGGCUAAAUUGGUAACAACUGUAUGCGCAACAGGAGGAGGUGCAUAUAAGUUUGAAGAAGAUUUUAAAAGGGAAGUUAAUAUGAAAUUAGCUAAGUAUGACGAGUUCGAGUCGCUUCUCAAAGGAUUGCUAUAUAUUGACAAAAAUAAUCCGACAGAAUGUUACUAUUGGUCCAAUCCCACUGAUGGAACUAAAUGUUCUAAAGUGCAGUAUGAUUUCUCAAGUCCCUAUCCGUUUCUACUGGUUAAUAUUGGUAGUGGUGUCAGUAUAUUAUCCGUAAAUAGUGCUACGGAAUGUAAGAGAGUUUCUGGAACAAGUUUAGGUGGUGGUACCUUCUUAGGCCUUUGUUGUCUUUUGACAGGAUGUAAUUCAUUUGAAGAAGCUAUAGGACUGGCAGCUGAAGGGGAUCAUACACAUGUAGAUAAAUUAGUUAAAGAUAUAUAUGGUGGAGAUUAUGCUAAAUUUGGUUUACCUGGAGAUUUAGUAGCUAGCAGUUUUGGACAAAUGAAUUCUAGAGACAGGCGAAGCAAAGUAAGCAGGCAGGAUCUAGCGAGGGCUACUUUGGUUACAAUAACUAACAAUAUCGGGUCAAUAGCGCGAAUGUGUGCCAUUCAGCAAAAAGUAGAAAGGGUCGUAUUCAUAGGAAAUUUUCUGCGCGUUAAUCCUAUAGCUAUGAAAUUAUUAGCUUACGCUAUGGAGUAUUGGUCAAAUGCUUCUAUGAAAGCAUUAUUCUUGGAACAUGAAGGGUACUUUGGUGCUGUAGGCUGCUUACUUCAGUAUCAUGGCGAGACGUGAAGUCCUCCAUGACAAACCGUGAGCAGACUCGAUCAAGUGGCUUAUUCAGUUAUUUUAUUAAAGUUAUAUGUACCAUUCCAUUAUUUGGAUUUUUAUAAGUUUUUAUUUAUAUUAAGACGUAUUAAUGUAAAGGGUAUACUAUAGGUCUAUAUCUACAAUAGGUUUUUAAUAUUUAUUUUGUGCAAUGGGAUAUU